GCACGUUGCUUGCGAAUCUUGCGAUUGCUAUUAAUUGUAUGAAAAUAAGAUUGAUUUGAUUUGUGAUAUUUCUCCAAAAGCCAUACAGAAUGACUGCUCUCCUAUGUAGAAUAUGCCUGGCACGUGAUACUCGUAUGUGUACAACGUACAACACGCCACUGGAAGUGCUUUAUCAAAAAAUCACAAAUAUACCUCUUAAAACAAAAGACGGAAGGCCGCACGUGGUGUGUUACGUCUGCUACCAUUUAUUGAGCAAGUGUCACAAAUUCAUUGAAAGUGCCGUUAAAACUGACAGAGUUCUUCAACGACUAUGUAGCAGUGGUAUACAGUUAACCGAGCAGCAUAUUGCAGCGAUAGACAAGGCUUUCUUACUCACACCAUUAACUAAGUCACGCGUUAUAAAUGUAAACGCAAUAAGCGAUUCAGACGGAGUCAGUAUAGAAGUGGCCGAAGUCAAGAGAGAAGUUGAAGAAGAUAAGCCUAUAUAUUAUGAAGUGGAAGUUGUUAACGAAAAAGCUGAUUGUUUAGGUUUUGACGGUAUAAAUAAUACAGAACAUAGUUCAAAACAGUACGCUUGUACUAUCUGUGGUCAUUGCUUGCUGACCAAAGCUGAAGCUAGGAAGCACUACAAAUGGCAUGGCACCUCCGAAGAACCCUAUCUGGACUGUCUGAAUUAUUUAUUUGGCGCUCCACCAACUGUGGAAGUCACUAUGCAACCUAUCACGGCGCUAACUGACAGCAAAGAAGUAAUAAAGGCGCCAACUGACCACAAAGAAGCUCUACCGGCGCCAACUGGCAGCACACAAGCAGUGAAGGCGCCAACAUACAGCAUACAAGAUAUGACGGCGCCAACUGACCACAAAGAAUCACUCGCGGCGCCAAAAGAAUCACUAACGGCACAAACAGGCACCAUGCAAACAGCCACUGCACCAACUUACAGCAUACAAGCGUUGACGGUGCCAACUGACCACAAAGAAUCACACGCGGCGCCAACUGACAGGAAUGAAUCACUAACGGCGCCAACUGACAGCAUACAAGUGGUGACGGCGCCAAUUCAUAGCAGAGAAGUGCUGAAGUCUCCGCAAACUAUCGUAGCGUCCGACACUAGUCCAACGAAGAUUGAAAAUGAUGAAGGUAUAUAAGUUUUUUGUUAAUUAAAACCAAAUACCUAAGGGCCCUUACCCAAGAAAAUCCAGUUUCAAGGAAAACUAUAACGGUUCAGAUAGAUCAGUUAGUUUAAGAGUUAUAGUCGUUCAA